AUGGUUGACACAGGUUCUAGUUGCUCUAUUUGGCCUUUGAGUUUCGCUACAGACAAGCCAAAGUGUUCAGAGAUCACCUUGCAUGCGGUCAAUUGGUCUCCCAUUGCAACUUACAGUCAAGUUUCCUUACAUAUUGACAUUAAUCUUCAUCGGGAUUUUAGGUGGAUUUUUGUCAUAUCUGAUCUCCCACAUCCUAUUCUGGGUGCGGACUUUUUGAACAAUUUUAACCUAUUGGUCAGGCGACAGAGACUUGUCGAUGGUUCUGUGUCUUUUUCUACACCUGCAAAGGCCACUACCAAUGCUGUUCUCAGUCCUUCAUUUUUUGUUGCCACUGCUGGUGAUGCAUUUCAUUCACACUUAGCUUCUUUCCCAGAGCUGGUGGAUCAGCGAUACCAAACGGCAAAACCUACUCACUCGACCCUCCACUAUAUUACCACCACUGGGUCACCUGUCUUUUCAUGCCUGCGGUGA